AUGUCCUAUAAGAGAAAGGUGUCCUCCAAUACAGCUUCUAACAAAACUCAGCUGUCACGAACCCCAGGUAACAGAAUUGUUUACCUUUAUGCCAACAAAAUUGGAAAAACCCCAAAAUCAGCCUGCAGCGUGUGCCCAGGAAAACUUCGAGGUGUUUGUGCAGUGAGACCUAAUGUUCUUACGAGGCUAUCAGAGACAAAAAAGCAUGUCAGCAGGGUUUGUGGUGGCUCCGUGUGUGCUAAAUGUGUCCGUGACAGAAUCAAGCGUGCUUUCCUGAUUGAGCAGCAGAAAAUUGUUGUGAAGGUGUUGAAGGUACAAGAACAAUCAAAAAAGUAA